AGGACAUUUAUUAUCCAUCGGUUUAGUAUCAAUAGGUUGAUCGUGUAGUACAAUGGGGCAUCUAAUAAAAACAAUGAAAAAAGCAAUACUUUUCCUAGUUAUUGCUGUUGUGCUUGAAAGUACUUAUGGAAAAUUUCCGAGGUUUAAAGACCAUCAGGAAAAAAUUUAUACUCCUGACGUAGACGUAGGACAGCCUCUUAUUUUGACUCCUUAUUUGGAAAAAAAUCAAAUUCAAGAUGCUAGAGAAGCGGCUGAGGUCCACUUGGAUGCUUUCAAAGAUGUCGUCAGUUACUCUGGAUAUUUUAACGUGGACAAAGAAAAUAACGGCAGUCUCUUCUUCUGGUUCUUUCCAUCUGCUGACAACUACACAAACGACCCUGUUGUAUUGUGGCUUCAAGGUGGUCCUGGAUCUUCUAGUUUGUACGGAUUAUUUGACGAGAAUGGACCAUUCAUUGUUGAAGAAGACGGUAAUGUAACUUUGAGAGAAUAUUCUUGGCAUAAAAACCAAUCUGUUAUUUACAUUGACCAGCCUGUUGGUACUGGAUUUAGUUUUAGUGAAUCUUUCGUAACUAACCAAACUGAAGUUGGCGCCCACUUAUACGAUGCUCUCACUCAGUUUUUUACAUUAUUUCCUGAGCUACAAACAAAUGACUUUUUCGUGUCGGGUGAGUCAUAUGCCGGAAAAUAUAUUCCUGCUAUUGGCUACACUAUUUUCGAAAACAAUCCAACAGCAGAAUUAAAAAUCAAUCUUCAAGGACUCCUUAUUGGGAACGGACUUAGUGAUCCAAUAAACCAGGUUUCUUAUGGAGACCUUUUGUAUCAGCUAGGUCUGACUGAUAAGAAUGGCCUCGAGAACUAUCAUAACCAGGAGCAGCAACUUAUUGAAUAUAUUAAAAACGAAGAUUUUAGCAGUGCUAUAAAUGCAUUCAACAAUAUCUUUGAUUACUACGAAAAUAAUACUGAAUUGUUUAACGUUUACAACUAUCUAAAAGAUGAACUAGACGAUUCAGAUGCUUAUGCACGUUUUCUUAACACAGCUGAAGUAAGACAAGCUCUACACGUUGGCAACCAGCAAUACAGCUCUUUGUCAUAUGAUGUGUAUGACGGUCUUAUGAACGAUAUGAUGAAAAGUGUCGCUCCCUGGGUAAGCACACUUCUCAGCAACUACAGGGUUCUGAUUUUUAAUGGGCAGCUAGAUGUGAUAGUGAAUUAUAUUUUAACGGCAAACUACCUUCAAAAAUUAGAUUUCAGUUCGGCUGAAGAAUACAAGAACGCUACCAGGAAAGUAUGGCACGUGAAUAAUAAAACCGCUGGAUAUUCAAAAGUAGCAGGAAAUUUGACCGAAGUACUGGUUAGAAAUGCCGGGCAUAUGGUUCCUGCUGAACAACCUGAAGCUGCAUAUCAAUUAUUAUACCGUUUUAUUAGAGGAUUAUCCUUAGAAUAAGGAUAUUAUAUAAAAUGUAAAAUAUAUUAUAUAAAAUGUAAAAAAAAUAAAUAAAUUAUUUCUGGAU